AGCCCACCUGGUAAACACCGAAAAUAGUGAAUGAAACGGACCAAUUACGUUACGAGUUCAUUUGUCAAUAGAUGAGUGAUUGCAGACUGGUCAUGGUCGCAAGCCGUGUCCUUCAACAUGAUAAAAAUGUUCGCAUAACUAACAAAACUGAAAUUCAAAAAAGUAACGCAGUGCUUGCAGAAAAUGAUUAAAAACAGAAAUGCAAACAGUCCAAUUCCUAUACAUGGCAGACCAGGAAAACCGAGGCCGUUGGAACCCGAUAGAGAGAAGAUGCCUCUCUCUCCUUCGCCAAACCAAUUCCAGAGCCUCUCUUCUUAAAAUCCAUGCUUUCAUGCUCCGAAACGCCCUCGAAACCAACGUCUGUCUCCUCACCAAAUUCAUCGCCUCCUGUUCUUCCAUAGCCACUGCGUCUGACCCAGACGCCGGCAUCUGCUACGCUCGGAGCGUGUUCGACCGGAGACCUCACAGAGAUGAUGCUUUUCUUUGUAACUGCAUGAUCAAGGACCACGUGGGUAUCCGCCAAUUCCCUGAAUCUAUCACGCUUUACAGAGAUCUGAGGAGGGAUACAGGUUUUGCUCCCAAUAGCUUCACUUUCACCUCGUUGACUAAGUCCUGUGGUUUGGAUAUGGCCACAUGGGAAGGUCAAGAGAUACAUGAUCAUGUUGUGAAAAUGGGUUUUUGCUUUGAUAUGUUUGUGUCGACGGCAUUGGUUGGUAUGUAUGCGAAAUUUGGGAAGAUGAUGUAUGCAAGAGAUUUGUUCGAUGAAAUGACUGAAAGAAGCCUAGUGUCCUGGACGGCUCUUAUUGUUGGUUAUGCAAGGUCUGGGGAUAUGGGUAACGCGGGGAUGCUUUUUGAUCAAAUGCCCGAUAAAGACACCGCAGUGUUUAACGCAAUGAUUGAUGCUUAUGUCAAACUGGGUGAUAUGGGUUCGGCUAGGAAUCUGUUUGACGAGAUGUCCGAGCAAAAUGUUGUGUCUUGGACCACUAUGAUUCAUGGGUACUGUGAAAAUGGCGAUGUUGAUUCUGCCAGGUCAUUAUUUGAUGCCAUGCCCAAGAAGAAUCUCCUUUCUUGGAACGCAAUGAUUAGUGGGUAUUCACAAAAUAAACAACCGCUUGAAGCAUUGAGACUGUUUCAUGAGAUGCAAUUAAAUACACCAUUUGAGCCUGAUGGAGUUACUAUUGUGAGUGUUCUUCCAGCUAUUGCUGCUUUGGGUGCCCUAGAUUUGGGUAGUUGGGUCCACCAAUUCGCUCAGAGGAAGAAACUUGAUAGGGCUGCCAAUGUUUGUACAGCUCUAGUUGAUAUGUGUGCCAAAUGUGGCAAAAUUGAUGAGGCGAGAAGCAUUUUUUGUAAGAUUACCAAGAAAGAAGCAGGCUGUUGGAAUGCUAUGAUAAAUGGUUUUGCAAUGAAUGGAUGUGGUAAGGAAGCAUUGGAAACAUUUUUUGAGAUGAUACGCAGUGGAUUUAAGCCAAAUGAGAUAACAAUGAUUAGUGUUUUGUCUGCUUGCAACCAUAGUGGUCUAGUGGAGGAAGGGAAGAGACAGUUCAAAGCAAUUGAGGAAUUUGGUCUUGUGCCGCAAAUUGAGCACUAUGGUUGUAUGAUUGACCUUUUAGGGAGGGCAGGGCUUCUGGAUGAAGCUGAAAAGCUGAUAGAGAGCAUGCCUUAUGAAGCUAAUGGCAUCAUUUUGAGCUCUUUUCUGUUUGCAUGCCAGUACUCUAAGGAUGUUAGAAGGGCUGAGAGAGUAAUAAAGAAGGCAAUCGAAAUAGAGCCAUGUAAUAAUGGGAACUAUGUUAUAUUGAGAAAUUUGUAUGCCUUAGAGAGAAGAUGGAGAGACGUGGAAGAAAUUAAAGAAAGGAUGAGAAUGAUUGGUUCAAAGAAAGAAGUUGGCUGUAGUGUCAUUGAGAUUGAUGAUAAGGUUUGGGAGUUUGUAGCGGGAGAUAGCUUGCAUCCACAGUGGGAGGUCAUCCAUUUAGUAAUAAGGCAACUAUGGAUGCACAUGAAGAGAGAAGGCAGUGACUAAGACUGGAGAAGACUGCAGUGGUGUGGCAGUGGGCAAAGCACAAGCUGACAUGAGUUCCAUUCCAUGUUGUUUGUCUAUUCUGCAUAGACUGUACACCCAAAUGAAUUGCAAGUCAUGCACGACCUUAGAAAUUCUUUUUUCACUUCAAGCAGGUGAAGGCAUAAAGCAGACCUGAUCUGUGUGGAUUUUGAGCCCAAACACUUUCAUCUGCAAGUAAAGCAUAUAGAAGUCUGAGCAGAUGAUUCUCCAGAAGAUGCAAGCGUAAAUAGUUGGUUGCAUGCCUCUGGACUCAAACCUUUUGCAUGGACCCCAAACUACUCGAAAACCACUCAGUUAGCAUGUCAACCUUUGACAGACUAAAUGCUUGGCCAAAGCAUUAUGUUGAAGAUUUUGGAUCAGUUGAUACGAUGUAUGUAAUUCUUGACUUCAUUUUGCACUAUGAAUAUCAAAGGUAGCGUAGAAUAAUACGAAACAAGUGACCACAAAACAUUUAGUCUGCUGUUGCUUAUGAGCUCAUUGAAGUGCACAGUCGGGUUUACUCUGCUGAAUUGAUAGAGAAGUCAAAAGUUUGAUUUAGAAGCAGACGGAUUACCUCAUGUUAUUUUCUUGUUGCCCCGUGGAGAGGGAAAGAAACUAGAUUUUGUAAAUAUGUAACAUACUGGGAUUGGCUUUUUCAAGAUUUGAGGCUUUCAUCCC